UCUGAUCAAUUUCAUAGGAUUGAGAAAAAAUUUGUAAAUCAUAUAAUGAGCCCUAAACGUAUAAACUAAUUAUUGCGAAUCUGUGAGAUAAAUUAAAGAGUUUCCUGCUAGAAAAUAUUUCGAUCAGAGGCGUGAGGUGGGAAAAUGUCGAACGAUGACGAGAUCAGUGACUACUUCCAGUCCAAUUUCUCCGAGUUGCAAAAUGCGUUCUCGGCGCAGCAGAUGAGAAGAUUCAUCGCUCUGGACACGAAUCCGGAGAGGAUCGAUUUCGUGCUGAAUUAUCCGGAGGUUUAUGGUCUGUCGUUGGACGUAGACGUCGAGCCACUGCUGAAGAGCAAGGAAAAGGCUGGGCAAUUGAAGGAGCUCGGUAACAAGUAUUUCGGCCGCGGCGAAUUCAUUAAGGCGUUGGAAACGUACUCGAACGCGGUCCUGUUGGCACCUCGGGAAGACUUGGGCGUUAUAUUUGGGAAUCGGUCAGCGACGCUUUACCAUCUCGAGCAACACAAUCAUGCUUUGACUGAUAUAAAAGAAGCCAAACGCGUCGGAUAUCCAAAGGAAUUAUUGUACAAACUCGAGGAGAGACGCGCUAAAUGUUUGCUCGGAUUAAAGAGACACGAUGAAGCCGUGCUGGCGUUUAGGAGCGCUUUGAAAUUUUUAGAUGAGUCGAAAUUGCUAUUGGAAAAGAAGCUGAAACUCGAGGCAGAUAUACGAGUCAUGCUCGCAGUGAUAGAUAAGGGUAACGAGUUAGCGCGAAAGGAACCGAAAACGACUCAGCUAAAAGUCGAGAAGGAAAAGCCUCACGAAGUAAAAAAAUUAACUCCACAAAUUGAAAACUGUAAUCCUCUGUAUCCUUCUUGCACCGAAGCUGUUGAAAUCAGAGACGAGGGUGGUGACAUAGGAAGACACGCUGUAGCUGCAAAAGAUAUCGAACCGGGCGAAAUAAUAGCGAUUGAGAAUCCAUACUGUUCGUUCCUGUUGGCAGAAUAUAGGCUCACUCAUUGUCAUUACUGUUUCACAAGAAUAUUCGUGCCUCUACCAGCAGCUUGCGCAGCGUGCAGUUGCAUAGCGUAUUGUAGUAUAUCGUGCAGAGACAAGGAUGCUAAGAUCCACGAGAUCGAAUGCAAAAUAUUGCCUGAUUUAUGGAUUUCGCGAACCUCCAUAAACUGUUUCCUAGCUUUAAGGGUGAUCACCAAACAACCAUUCGACGAGUUAAUGAAACAUAAAGAGAAGAUGAAAAAUAUGGCGAGUAAAUUGGAAGUCUCCGUGGAACGGCCGUAUCGAUCAGAUGAUUUCGAAACCUUUUGUGGAUUAUUAACCCAUGAGGAUGAAAGGACAGCAGAAGAUCUCCUGCACAGGACCUAUAUAGCUAUUUGGUUAUUGAGGCUCUUGAAAAAGACUUCUUAUAUUCCAGAAGACGUUAAAACUCCAGAUGCACCGGGACAUACACCAUCCGAGGUUGAAUUGUGGAUAGGCGGUUUGCUACUGCACAGUUUAAUGCUGCUACAAUUUAAUUCCCAUGAAAUAUCGGAAUUAAUUAUACCGAAGGGCAGUAAGAGUAUGAAAAAAUCUAAAAGCAAUUUCAUCGCUGGCGGAAUUUACAGUACAAUAGCAUUAUUUAAUCAUUCGUGUAAUCCUGGAGUUAUCAGGUACUUUAACGGUAUUACUAUGAUUGUACGAGCAAUACGCUCGAUUUCUGCUGGUGAAGAGAUAUCGGAAAACUAUGGCCCAAUUUUCACAAUUACUCCCGAAACGGAAAGGAAAAGGAAGCUGAGAUGGCAAUACUGGUUCGAUUGCAACUGUGAAGCGUGUGCGGGACAUUGGCCUCUUUUAGAAGAAAUUGAUCCGACGAUUCUAAGAUUUAAAUGCGAAACGGGGAAAGAAUGUGGGAACAUUUUACCUAUAAAAACAGAUACGGAGGAGUUUAUGAUUAGAUGCUCAAAAUGUGGAAAGAGCACGAACAUUUUGAAAGGAUUGAAAGCCCUACAAGACACGGAUGCAAUUUUCAAAGUUGCCUCCAGGAAUCUCGAAGAAGGAAACCACGAAGAAGCAUUCAAGUCUUAUUUAAACAUUUUGAAGAUUUUAGAUGAAAACCUCGCCUUACCCAUAAGAGAUUACCACCUUUGCCAAAACAGCGUUCGAUUAUGUUGUCUGCACUUCGGAAAUGUAUCAUUCGUCUGAAUUAGAAUAUUUUUAUAAAUUUUUCACACUUGAAAGGAGUACUUUGUGAUUAGCAUUGACACCGAUCAACUUAAUUUCUCCGUGGGUUGUAUAUUAUAAUGCAAAGAAUAAACAAACAUUAAAUUUCUUUUUA